GACCAUCAGCAACUUCUCAGGGAGUUGCCCUCUUAUGUUCAACACUCGAUCCACUUUAGCAAUAAUUUUUAAAUGUAACCUCAUUCUCUUACUGUGUUACAUAUAUCGUUACUGGAUUCUUGCAUGCGCUGAUUAAAGGCAUCAGAAGCUGCGAAGAGUAUAAGUUCCUGUUAAGUGUGCAUUUCUCCCCCGUCUGUGUGUAAGGAAUAUCUGAGAAAUUAACGACGAAAGCGUGACUUGGAGGAGAAGAAGUAGCAUUGCUAAAAGACUAAAGGCCUCGUCAAAUAAUAUUAGAGAAUGAGUUGUCCACGCUGGUUACCGCUGGAAGCCAAUCCAGAUUUCAUGCAGCAGCUCGGAGUGCUUCCCAGUUGGCAGUUCGGCGAUGUCUUUGGAAUGGACCCUGAACUUCUCAGCUUGGUACCGAGACCCGUAUGCUCGAUUCUUCUGCUCUUCCCCAUCACAGAAAAGUAUGAAACUUUCAAACAAGAGGAGGAAGCAAAGAUCAAAACGGAAGGGCAGAAAGUCAAUCCGCGUGUUUACUUCAUGAAACAGACCAUCAGUAAUGCCUGCGGGACUAUUGGACUUAUACAUGCGCUGGCAAACAAUCAGGAUAAGUUGGAAUUUGAAAGCGGUUCAGUUAUGAAAAAAUUUUUGGAAGAUUCAGCCAGCUUAACUCCUGAAGAAAAAGCACAAUACCUAGAAAAAGACGAGAGCAUUCGUGUUACACAUGAGUACAGUGCACAGGAAGGGCAAACUGAGGCUCCGGGUAUAGAUGAGAAAGUCGACUUGCAUUUUAUAAGCUUUGUAAAUGUUGAUGGACAUCUGUAUGAACUGGAUGGACGCAAACCAUUCCCUAUAAAUCAUGGAGAUACGACAGUUGAUAGCUUGCUUGAGGAUGCAAUAGAAGUUUGUAAGAAGUUUAUGCAGCGUGACCCUGAUGAGUUACGAUUUACAGUGAUGGCUCUCUACAAGGUAUAAAGUGUUCCAAAGUGCAAGGAAACGCAAGCCACGAGGCGAAACUUGGAUUGGCUUCAAGAGAUGUUGCUUCACUCCAGACCCUUUGAAGCUGUGAUAUUCUGAUCUAACUUGUAGAGUUGAUUUGAUACUCUUUUGGAACAGGUCCAAUGUUUUCCCAGCAGCGUCUCCCCCAAGCCACUAAAAGAAAAUCCGGUAAUGAAGUGUAUAUCGGUGUGUACUUAUUGUCUUGCUGUAACAGGGUCCUCUGUUGAAAUUAGUCCCAGCCUACAUAUCUAAAGAUGAACUGACAGGAAUAGAAUUUCAGUUGGAGGAAAAGGCUGUGUGAUUCUUGUUGUAAUGUUUGCAACAGCUGUACUUAAAUCACUAACUAGAAAAUAAAUGGAUGGAAUUGUGCGAGCAUGAGUUUUAAAAAAGAUCCUGAUGCUCCUUGCUUUCAAAAUCUUCAUGCUCCUUAUUCAAUAAAUUAACUAUUAUUUGUG